GCAGUGGAGUUACAGAGACAUAAUUCGUUGCAGUCCAGCUGAGAAUUCGUGAUUCCCUCGAACCGCCGAAAAAAAAAAUUAUUUUCAAAAAACAGAUUUAAAAAGUGAGAUGGAAGUCUGUGAAAAGAGUGAGAGUCCAAGUGAAGUGAAAGCAAAUUCAUAUUCCGGAUAGAAUAAAUUAACUCCCGAAAUUAAAAAAACUCGAUUUCUAGAAUUAAUCAAUUAAUUAAAUCUCAAUUAAUCAUGGAGGCUAAUGGGGCCCCGGAGGGUAAUGAGGUUGCCAAUCAGAGUCCCAUUGACCCGAAAACAAUAACCCUCGAGGGAGUUGAAAAAACGGAGAAGAAAGGAAAAGAUGAGACAGUGGAAAUGGAUUUUGAUGAUCUUCUGCCCUACGUUGGGGAGUUUGGACUCUACCAGAAGAUUCUCUUCGUCCUCAUGAUCCCUUUCGCUUUCUUCGUGGCGUGGGUCUACUUCAGUCAGAUAUUUAUUACUCUCGUGCCACCCGAUCACUGGUGUCGAGUGCCCGGGCUUGAGAAUCUCACCGAUGAACAGAGAAUCGCAUUGACCAUACCACCAGCGCGUGAUGGCGAGGAAGCGAGCUCUAUGGGGUAUUCUAAAUGCUACAUGUACAGCGUUAAUUUCACUGAAUUGUUGAAGAAUGGGACGAUUCUAGUCGCUGACCCGUCCUGGCAGACUCAGAGGUGUCAGUAUGGAUGGGACUACAAUUUUACGGAUAUUCCUUAUGAGACAGUUGCAUCUCAGUAUGAUUGGGUCUGCGAGCAAGCGGCAUUACCCACAAUCUCCCAGAGCAUAUUCUUUGUGGGCGCAAUUUUCGGGGGAUUGAUAUUUGGAUUUAUAGCAGACAGAUAUGGAAGAAUUCCUGCACUUGUUGGGUGUAAUGUCGUGGGCUGUAUUGCAGGAUGUUUCACAGCCCUAGCCACAAAUUUCUGGCAAUUUACACUGUGUCGAUUUUUCGUGGGCUUCGCCUUCGAUAAUUGCUUCACAAUGAUGUACAUUCUAGUUCUUGAGUACGUGGGUCCAAAAUGGCGUACCUUCGUAGCAAACAUGUCAAUAGCCUUGUUCUUCACAUUCGCGGCAUGCAUUCUCCCCUGGAUUGCAUAUUUUCUCGCUGACUGGCGAAUGACUUGCAUAGCAACAUCGCUACCACUAUUGCUGGCAAUUGCAACACCCUGGUUUGUGCCGGAGAGCGCCAGGUGGCUAGUGAGUAUGGGUCAAGUCGACAAGGCUGUUAAGAUCUUGAACAAGUUCGAGAGAAUCAAUGGAACACGAGUGCCAGCCAGUGUAUAUCGCCGCUUCAAGGAGAGCUGCGAGAGAGCAAAGAAGGCGGAGGAAGCUGAGAAUGGAUACUCUGUCAUUGAUUUAUUCAAGACUCCACGACUUCGUAGUAUUACAAUUUUAUUAAUUAUCAUUUGGAUGGCAAUAUCCCUCGUGUUUGACGGUCACGUGCGUAACGUCGACAACCUCGGGUUAAAUGUCUUUGUGACGUUUACAAUAGCAGCAGCUACUGAAUUGCCUGCGGACACGUUAUUGACUCUAGUCCUUGAUCGAUGGGGACGCAGGUGGCUUGCUUGUGGCUCAAUGGUCGUUUCUGGUAUAUUCAGCAUCUGGGCUUGUGCUGUUACAAAUAACAUGUAUGCAGCGUCCCUAGCGAUACUGGGAAGAUUCUGCGUGAAUAUAUCAUACAACAUUGGCCUGCAGUACGCGGCCGAAUUGCUGCCAACAGUGGUGAGGGCUCAGGGAGUCGCUCUGAUUCAUACGAUGGGAUACGUUGCCAGUAUAGCAGCUCCAUUUGUCGUCUAUAUUGCCGUUAUUUCACCCAUUCUUCCUCUUCUCCUUCUUGGAUUAUUCGGUAUUGUUGGGGGAGUUCUCGCCUUGUUUCUACCAGAGACUCUUGAUAAGGACUUGCCACAAACUCUGCAAGACGGGGAGGAGUUUGGGAAGGAACAGGGAUUAUGGGACAUGCCAUGUCUUAUGAAAAAAGCGGAAGACGAGAAACAGAGGCCCGAAAUAAUCAGACAUUACAGGACAGGCAGCUUGAGAAGUAACUUCGGCACUUCCCUACGUGGUGAAGCCUUCAGAAGCAGUAUGAUCCAGAGAUCCAGUAUUAGGUCGCGCAAAGGCAUCCCUAGCUCACCUGUCGAGGUCGUUAGGCUGUGAUUUAGCGAUAAAAUACAAAUUGUAAAACUUUUUUACUUUCCAAUUUCAAGAGUCAGGAAUAAAAUAUGUCUAAGAGUAUACAUAA